UAGCCAAGCGGAGCUGCUUCAUAAAACAGCGGCACCAACAAGAACAAGUAUCAAUCUUAUCACUCUUGCCCACCACUAUCAUUGACCAUGUAUACAUAUAUGGCGCUUUAGAGACAAGGACAAUAGUUGAAGAAGUGAAAAACUUGGCCCUUGCGUUGGCCGUUCUUUUCUGCCGGAGACAAAAGGAAUAUUACAAACUUUCGGGUUCAAUUUUGUGCAAUUUUAGAAUAUUAAUUAACAUGGGAAGAAGCAAAGCAGCACUUGCCAUACGGUUUGGCUACCACGGUUGUGCGAAUCGACCAUUCUUCCACAUUCAGCUUCAGAAGAAGCGUCAGGACCGCGCCGGGCCUGUGAUUGAGCAGCUCGGCGUGUACGAUCCGAUGCCCAACAUCAACAACGAGCGCCUCGUGUCCAUCAACUUCGACCGCGUGCGCCACUGGCUCGGUCAGAACAAGACGGUCGAGAUCACGCCUGCCGUGCAACAGCUAUUCGGGCUCGUCGGUUUCUUCCCGGUCCACCCCAGAUCCUACAUACAGGCGUGGAGAAACAGGCGUGAACAAGAAACGGCAAAACAAGAAGCAGAAAGCGGAGAGGUGAAAGGCUGAACAUUUUCAUUUGAUAACAGCCAUUGGGUACUUGUGUAGUGAACUGUCAUCUAUUGAAAUGUUAAAUGACCAAAUAUAUCUUGUGAUUGAAA